UAUCGCCAUACAUGUGCAAGUGACCUGACUGACUUGGCGGUUGUUUUGAAAGGAGUGGGAUUUUUUUUGUACAACGUGUUUACGGCGAUCAUAGUGAAAUGGCGACUAUUAAGAAGGCACUGCGAAUGUCGAUUCGUGGAAAACGGUACAGUGUUCUUGAUGGAACUCAAACAGACUAUUUCAGUACACCAAAAUACGCUAAGCGACGAAACUCGGACGGCAACUCGUCCAACAGCGAUGAUCGAGGAGAAGUGAGGCUGCCAAGACGUGGUUCCAAAGUUACCCAGUCCGUCAGAGAUGCAGUGGGAAACAUUAGACAGAAAUUCCGCAUGUCGACCCGCAGGAAGAUGAGACUGAAGGAAAAGAAAGGCAUGUCGCCACGGACACCCACUCGGGCGGGGAAGAGAACCAUUGGGAAGACCCCUCCGUACCGAAACACCAAGAUCUACUCCCCCUUCUACAUAGAGACCCCUAAGGAGCUUGUGAAGGCACCCAGACAUGGACCCCGUAUGGGCAAAGGACAGAUGGUGGAGACACCGACACGCCUGAGACGGGAAGUGGAGGCACUGACAGCCAACAUGCAGGCACUGGCCGCCCUCACGCCCACCACGCUCCGAGACCGGGCCAAGAUCAGGCGACCAGCAUCACCCAUCACAAAUGGCAGCCUGAAAGUUCGAACUCAAGCGCGGCGAAGAAUCGAGACCACUGUGUACUAAAAGUGCUAGACUUUGUGCUGUAGUAGCGUUGUGAUGUCACAUGACCUGUGUUGCCAUGACAAUGCAUCAUAGAGCAUCAGUAUUCAUGAUAUUAACAAUGUUUGUAGACAUGUCGUGCUGUGGCAUUUCAGUUUGACAGAUUGUACACUAGUUGUGUAUAUAUAUAUAUUACCUGUGAUUUGGUUACUUCCAGAAGCACACAUUCAUUUGUAUUCCUAGAUGACAUCAGAAAUACUCUCAUGUUUUAGUUCUUUUGCUACAUUUUAUUACAUCUUUGCUAAGGGAUUUUAAAUAGGCAUUUUGUUAAUAUUGUGAUAUUAGUUUAUUUUUCGACAAUUGCUAAAGCUUCUGCAUCUUGAAUUAUUUUGUUUCAGAUUUUUUCUGACGAUUGCUUAUAAAAUGCCAGUGCCAGUAUUUAUAGGCUAUCUCUUCCAAUAACAGUUAAUACAGUCUGCAAAUAUUCUACUCAAAUGAAAGAUAACUACAGUAAUAUGAAAGAAUUGGGUGUUCUUUAACUUCUUUUGAAUAGCAUAUUGAUAAUGGUUGUGUGAUCGCAUUUAUGGUAAAAGUAUAUCCAAAUAUCAUUCAGAUACAUUAGUGACAGCAAAACAGUGUAUCCCAGUACAAUCUAUGGGAAACCGUGACUAAUAUCCAGCUGAUGUGCAUGUGAAUAUUACAGGGUUUACAGGGAUAGAAAUUAACCUGACGUUUACAAACAGUGAUAACAUGUAAGGGUGCCUUGAAACCCCGACAUUCUACUAGUCCUUGGGACAUGUUAACAUUGGCAAACUACUCAGGGUAUUGUUAAGUUGAAUCCCUGGUUUAACAUUGUCAUAUUUAUACCUCAGUUUCAGGUUAAUAAGAAUUCCUCAAAGGUUAAGGCCAAUGUGCCUUACAUUCAUUCCAUAGCAGUUUAUUGCUUGUCAUAAGAGGCGACUAACGGGAUCGGGUGGUCAGACUCGCUGACUUGGUGGAUGCAUAUCAUCAUAUCCCAAUUGGGUGGAUCGAUGCUCAUGAUAUUAAUCACUGGAUUGUCUGGUUCAGACUAGAUUAUUUACAGACCGCCGCCAUAUAGCUGGAAUAUUGUUGAAUGCGGUGUUUAACAACAAACCAGCCAACCAUAGCAGUUUACAUGUAGGAAUAACUUGCUCACACCUCUAGGGAGGGGCUUCUAAGAAUGGAAGAGUAUUAUGAAACAGACUGACCAGAAGGAGGAGUCCAUACGUGUUGCUCAGUAGAUUUAGACUGAAAAUACAAAGUGGGGAUUAGUUGUUAAAAUGAUAUAUUUAUGACUUAGAAGCUAGCUCAAAUAACCCUGCUUUUGUAUAUUCUUUUAGCCAUAUUUUUAGAUAACAUUUCAUUAUUGUUCAUCAUUUUUUAUCAUCACACAGAAUUUGGCCAGUGUCCUUGCUGAAUACAUUGUCAGCUGCAAGUUUAUUAUAUCUUUCUCUAAUCCUUUUUUUUCUUCAUCACCUGGGAAAAUUACUUUCCCAACUCUCACCUGAAUAGUAAAAUUAAAUAUGAAAACUGUUUAUAGGAAACUCAUACUCGUCCAGAAAAUACCUUGAUUGUGGGACAGAUUGUUUCGAACAAGAGUCUUUAUAUUUGCUGUCAGUUCAACUUUGGUUUUGGUUGAAAUUUUGUAAUGUUAAACUUAACAGUUUGAAAGUCAUGGGGUCCUUGUCAGUGCCCUAAUGAUUGAGGGGUCCGUAGAUUCAUGAUUGAGGGGGUCCCUAGAUUCAAAUGCUAAUAGAGCAAUCCUCAAGGACCCUAGGACCCCCUUAGUUUCGAGCGCUCCUUUAUGUACAAAGUUAGGUGAGUGUUCUCAUUGUGAAUAUCCAGGUGCAUUGUAUGCACAGUGUAUCUAUCUGUACACCUAUCUAUUGUAUAACUGUGUGACUCGCCACAGAUGUAUUCAGCAUUGAUGUAUAUAUUUCGUAUGUGCUGCUUUAGUGCUAGUCCCACAGGGACAUUCUGUACUUCAUCCUCGCCAGUCCAGGACUCGUUGCUAGGGGUUACACAUGCAAUCACACCAAUGUCAGGGUGUAGGUAUCCAUAUUGUCCUGUUUGUCAUUGGUCCAUUCUGAUAAAGUUCACAAAUUCCAUCCAUAUUUAUAAUUUGCUGUCAAUUGGAAUACAGGUUUUGUGUGUAGUUGGGACUGUCAAAUCUGUUUUUCCGGAACAAAUUCACUGGUAAUGAUCGUACCAUUACUGGUGAGUCGGUUCAAGUGAUGCUUGCGUUACGCACCAGGGUGCCGUUGUACAAAGAAGCCUUACCACUACGACUGUCGUAAGUCUAUGUUAAGGUAGAUCGCUUUGUACAACGGCGCCAAGAAAGAUGACUGAUCUUGUGAAAAUCUCGUCUUUUAAUAGAAUAUUCAAAAUGGUAUUUAGUGGUAUACUGAUGUCCUGAUGUUUUUGGAUGAAUCAUUGGUGCCUUCUGAUACGAGACAAGGAGGUUUGACAGUCGCAAACGAUCAUGCUUGUCCUAAGGUGGCUUCACUCAACAAAUUUAUGUUUGCAGUUUGUGUUGACAAACAUACGUUUGACUGUGUGAACAUUGCAAUUUCAAUUUCAAGAGUUUGACAAACUGUUAGCGAGAGAAAAAAUCGGUUACUAUUUUCACCAAUAAUUUGGCCAACAUUUUUCAAACUAGAUUUUGAUCAGGUCUUUGAAAGGCCUUUAGAAGUGAUUCACAUAAGGAAGAGAUUAUUGAUGUCAACUUCUUUAUUAUGAGGAACACAACAUUUAGGAGUAUAUGCUUACUCCGAAAAGUUGUGUUCCUAAUAAUAAAGAAGUUGACAUCCAUAUAUUCUCUUCCUUAGAUUUUGAUGUGUGAAUGGCUGCUUACAACCAAUCAGAUACUGCAUAGAUAUCACAUGAUUUUCACUUGCGUCUGCCACAAAUAUUUGUAUGUGAAAACUUUAUGGAGUUAGCCAACCUGUUUUUGCCCAUGUGAAACACCUUUGUGCAUUCUGUAUUGGUGUGUGAAUAGUCCAGUCAGUCAAUAGUACAUAGUGUUUUGUUGUUAAACUACACUGAGCAUGAAUUCUGUCCUUUAUCAUGGAACAAACAAACUUGAUUUGAUAUCUGAGAUUCAGCAUCAAAUUGGCUUUGAGCGGGUGUAACGGGUGUAACUUCCUUGUACAAACACUGACUGGUACUCACAGGUAACCUACAUGAGAGGGGGGUGGGGGGAAGAGAGAGGUUGUGGUUAAGUCAAAGAAAGAUACAUAUCGAUCAUCUCAGUAGAAUGCCAUUUUGUAAUGUUGUUUACAACAGCAGUUCUAAAAUUUCUUGUACCUUAGGCUAUUCCUUGACUGGUGAGGAUGGUGAAGUUUCAUCAUCUCCAUCACCUGUACAGCUUGCAUUUCUUCAUCUGUUCUUGUCUCCCUGUCUGUAUCUCUUCACCGUCGUGCAGUUGUUCAGUUCGAACUUUCAUGUAUUUAAGACAGAUGAUGUAUUGUCAUUAAUAAUGUUGAUGUCACUAAAGUGGAUUCUGUAGGAUACUGCUAUAGUUUCACACAAACUUUAUCAUCAUCACUGAAUGUCUCGCUCUUGAAGGGACAUUUCAGUUCCUCUUGCAGAAAAAUAAACACUGAGGUUUCAUUUUUCAGACUAGCUGGUAUUAAAAAAAUAUAUAUAUGCCUGCCCAGGCAAUAACAGUAUUUACUAGCCUUUACAUUUUCAUUGUGAUUUUGAUGUACUUUCUGCAGCAAGUACUGCAUAAUUAUAUAGUGUGAGGAAUCAUGACUAUAGAGAAGGGUUUUACAAGUUGGUUAUAAAAUUUAGUUUUUAAUCCAAAUUGUUAAAUUUUACCCUUCCGAUUUUGGUAUUACUUGACACGAUAAGCAUGUGUAUUCGUGUCAUGUGAAUCUAUCACUAUUAAUAUUUUAUUCAAAGAUCAAUGGAGACACUUGAAUCUAAUAUUUGUGGUGAUAUUUCGAGCAUUACAAGUCAUAAAUGUUUUGACUUCCAAUUAUUUUCUGUUGAACCAUUAAGACGUUGUGCUAUUAUUGUUGCAGGUGAUUCUGGACUUGGAAUUCACUGGCCGUUCUGAACAUGCAUUUUAAGAACUACCGGUAAUGCAACACUAAGUCAUUAUCCAAAAGUUAUAGUGAAAUGAUAUAUCAACUAUAACAUGGUUUAAGUCGGAGAAAUCACUCGAAUCUAUUGACUCUAUUUCCAGAAUCAAGAUUCUUGUGAUUUCUGACAUAUAACAUAUUCCACACAACUGUCAGUAUUAUGAUUAUAGUGUGUAGAGGAACGUGUGUUUCUGUCUUUCCGUGUCUUCUCUUAUCUCUGCUGUCCUGUCAACUGUCCUUUGAAAUAUAACCAUAUGAAUUUGUACCUAAUCUGUUAUAGUAAAAUCACUCAUAGCUUAAUAGGCAAUAAAGCCAUUUUGUUAACAAA